UGGUGGUGAGCCUGUGUCCUCCCUCACCACACAUACCUUAACCAUAUCCUCCAUGUCCAGUUGAUUGUUCUCUUGUUUUCUCUUGGAAUAUAUUCACUUAUGCUGAAUAUCCCCGCAUCAGUGUUAAAAGUCAUCAAAAAAUAGAAAGAUGAAGAAAGAUGAUGGGACGAGUGAAGAGGAUGGAGAAGUCUUUGGUGGAGACAGCUAUCAUGAUCUCUCCUCCAAUGACCUGUCCUACUCAGACCAUUCCCUUGUCACCAGUGGUCCUGUACAUGACUGGGAGGAAGAGAAGACGACGGAUUUCUUUGAUGAUGGUACUAUGACAUAUUUCUGGCGUGCCCACACACUAACAACACUGGUGUUUAUGAUCUGCUUCCUGUUGUAUGAAGCUCUCACUCCUCCUGAUGAGGAUAUGGUCGACAACACCAAAAGAGGUUUAGUUGCCAGUGUGUCUGCAUUUAUCCUCUUGGGAGUAACUGUAACACCAGAUGGACCAUUUAAGCGACCACACCCAGCCAUCUGGAGGUUCACCUUUAUCAUCUCCAUCGUUUAUGAGCUUGGCCUUAUAUUUAUGUUAUAUCAAAGUGCGUCCGGUGCCCGUCAAUUAUUGAAACACAUUGACCCUAAGUUGGGGGAACCCAUGGAGGAGAAAGAUUAUGGGGGAAACUGUCACUUAUAUGAUCAGGAAAACCCAGACGACCCAUAUCAUAAUAUAAAGGAUAAAACAGACCUAUUUGUGCCACUACAUUUCUUUGGGUGGUGGUUAAAGACACUGCUGCUACGAGACUGGUGGCUCUGCUGGGUUAUCUCGGUCAUGUUUGAGAUUCUGGAGUACACGCUAGAGCACCAGCUACCCAACUUCUCCGAGUGCUGGUGGGAUCAUUGGAUAAUGGAUGCCCUAUUGUGUAAUGGUCUGGGUAUCUACUGUGGGCUUCAAUCUCUAAAGUAUUUCUCCAUGAAGACUUACCACUGGAGAGGCCUCUGGAACAUCCCCACAUACAGAGGGAAACUUCGGCGCAUCAUGGCGCAGUUUGGGCCGUAUGUGUGGGUGGAUUAUGACUGGAAACCUCUCUCUUCCCUUGGUCGCUGGUUCUCCAUGCUAGGGAUAAUUGCCAUAUUCCUCCUGGCAGAACUCAACACAUUUUACUUGAAGUUUGUGUUAUGGGUGGAGCCAGGACAUUGGGCUAACUUGGUGCGCCUUAUAUUUAUUUUACCCUGGGGUGCCGUUGCCUUAAGAGAAGUGUUCCAGUUUCUCGAUGAUCCUGACUUUAUGAAGUUUGGGAGGCAGUCGUGGCUGUUCCUAGCCAUUGUCUGCACGGAAUUGCUCAUUGUCAUCAAGUUUGGCUGGGAAACUGUGACCAUUCCUUUUCCAAGUCAUGUUGUAACCUUGUGGAUGACCAUAUUCAUUUUGCUGGUGCUGUGGACUGUGUGGAACUUCUAUAUUGACCCUUAUACUAUCAAGGUCGACUCCAAAGAUAUCGAGAGACGACGUGAACACUGGAGUCAAGUUCGCGCUAUUGAAACCAAGCUCAGUCCUUCCGAGUCCAGAUUAUUUGACCCAAAGGUUUUCUUUGAUAAGUUUAUGCAAAAGGGAAGCAAAGAAGAUUGAUGAUUUUGUUCUAUUAAAAUAUUCAUAAAUGGUAUUAACAAGUUCUGAGUCAAGGAAAUCUUGGAGUUUUAAGAUAUCAUAAUUGUUUGUAAUUUUCUAGAAAAAAAGAAUGGUACAUUUAGUGAAAAAUUUACAGAAAUGGUAAUGUACAUAUUUAUAAUUAGCAGAGCAAUGGAAAGGAAUGUGUUACUCCAGUGAACUUUGUAUUGACUAAAAAUAUGAAGAGUAAGGUAGUCACUUGCAAUGCAAUAAAGGAAAGUGGCAGAAGAACCCAUGGAUAGAAAACCUAGAUAGAAUUGGGAUGUCACACAUUGUAAUGAUCCUGUUAAACUGAAAUUGGUAUACUUGUGAUGUUCCAGUUGUCAUAUAUUAGAUUUGUUAUGGUUAUGGGGAAGUGUAUUUGUGGCAUAUUUCCUCCUCAAUAUUUGAGGAGAUUUAUGAUGUGAUAUCUAAUGAAUAUAUCAAUAAGUUAACAUCAUUAUUAUAUUGAAGCAACUCAGUUAAUAGCUGUCUGCUGUUCCUCUUAGUGUGUUUGUGAAACACACAUUGAGGAUUUUCUUUAAGAAUAAUAAGCAGUCAGAGUCACUGUUCAUUAUCAAAAGCAUUUACUACUUUGGCAUGACGAACAAUAUCUCUGAUUAAUUUGCCUGAUACAAAAUUGCUAAAACCAUAGAUAUGAAAUCUGUUUUUGAUUAUCAUGUCAUCUGAAGGUACAGUAUGUGUUAGCAGACUUGAAUGUAAAAUUUCAACAUAUUGGCCAUAUUAACUUAUCCUGUACUCAGGGUGCUCUGCCUGUGUGCUGUAUCCAAACCCUUGUGAGGCAAGUGGUAACUGGUGUGUUACCUAAAACCAAACCCACUAAAUGUACUUACUUCUAAGAAUAUGCUAAGGACUACUAUAACACACACAAGGGAAAUAUUUGUAUAAAAUUAGGAAGACUUGAAAACCUUUGGAGGUCUUUGACAAAUAUUAGUAUCCCAAAUAAUUUCUUCACCAGAUAUGACAGAAAUAUGACUGCCACUAUUAUAACCUGAUCUGUAUCUUUGCCAUUCUUAUAUAGCAUAAUACCUCGUCUUGAUACAGUAUAUUUGUACUGUGCAGUUAGGUACUGAUUUUAUAUUAAGAAUCUCUCAUUGUUCUAUUCUCCAAUUCUUAAUAUAAGUCUCUUCUUUGUAUACUGAUAUGAAAUGUUAUCAAGUUUAUUUAUUGAUUUAAAAUAAGUAGUGGAGGAAGAUCAAAACAAUGUCAUGUUUUUCAUAAGACAGAUUUAGUUUCUCUGUCAUUCGUGCUAUAGAACCUAGAUUCUAAAAGGUCCCCGGAAACUCAUUUACCGUACUGUCUUAAGUGACACACGUUAUUACUCACUCUUGACUCUAAAAGUAUUCUGCCUUUAAAGUAGAUGAUUUAUUUGGAUAUAUAUUAUUUCUUUAUUAAUUUUUAUUCAUCUUGUGACAUAUACGUCAUCAUCCUAUGCAGAAUUUUACUCAAGAAUAUCUACCAAUAACAUCUCCACAUUUUCAAGUGGCCAGAUAUACAUCACUGACUUGGGCUGAAUUGUUUGACUGUCCAAAAUAAAAGAAACAGAUUCCACUUUAAUAUUGUAAGAAAAGAGAAUAUUUCAAAAGGGAAUGGUUUGUAUAAGUGUGAACUCACAAGGGAAAAGAAAUACUUAGAAAGAUUAGAAAAAUAAAUGAAAGAAGUACAAUUAUAGUUUGGAGUCGAGUGUGUGUGUGUUUGUGUGUGAGACCGCCGAGUAGUUAAGAGUGAAUCUAACUAACAAUUGGUAUCACCCUUGGAUGUAAACAUAUUUUAUAUUGCACAGUGUCCAUUAGUGACUUGGUUCAUUUGAUGUGCUCUGUAUAAUUUAUUAAUGUAAUCAGAGGUUAUUUACUGAGGAUUUUUUUAUUCAAGAAUGUAGUUAUGUGGUAAGUUAAUUUAUUUUUACCUUCUGUAUUACUGUAUGUUUCUCUUUGUUUAUGUGUUUAUCACUUUAAACAGAGUCUUGUUGUGUGUUCAUCACCUGUGUCUGUCUUUGUAGGAAUGUCUAAUUAUUGUACUGUCCUCCUUAUCUUGUUUUUCGAAGUGUUGGAUCUUUACUAAUGGCGCUUACUUCUCAUCUCUUGAAUAGAUUAUGAUUUUCAAGGGUAUAGUAAAGUGUGCACAAUACUUUGAUUGGAAACUUUUUAUUUCUUGUGAUUUGAUGAAAGUGCACAGCUUUCAUAGUAUUUACCAUACUCAUUUACUCAAGCUUUGGAUUUGGUAAAAAAAAAUGAUAAUCAUUUACAGUAGUCAAUUUCAACAGAAUUAGAAUGAAAGCUUUAAAGAAACAACUAGCUACAGUAUUCAGAAUGAAAUAGUCUUUAAGUAUUAGUGCUGUUAGACUGAGCAUUAUUAAGUUUGAGAAGUCUUAAUCCCUCGAGUCUCCUAGCUAGAAUGUAGUCUCCAGAAGCAAAAUAGAUAUACUGGUUGUUGUUCCCUAUCAUGGGGGAUAUGCUUCUUGUGAUGGAGAGCACUUUAUAACAUGGUGGAAUAGGGGAUGUGUCCCUGGACCAUCCAAACUUUACCCCAGAAGACCGGCAAUUGAAAUACAAAGUCAUAUAAAUAUAGUAAUGUCCUGAAAAUUUAAUAAUAGCUUAAAUAAAUACAUUAUAAGAACCUAACAAUAAAUCUAAACUUGUAUCACGGAGAGAGAGAGUGUCAGAUAAAUCAACUUAAACAGAUACAAAGGUGGUCUGAGCAGUGUUGAGAGUGGGACAAACAGUAAGGUGCAUAGGGUCAGCUGAGUGCUUUUGUUGGGGGUGCCAUUUAGUAUAAUGUUAAAUAGGAUAAUAGAAAUGAUAAUAAUAACAAUAUUAAUAUCAUUGACUAUUAUUUGUAGUAGUAUUUUUGUUGUAAGCUAAUUAUUAUUGUUAUUGAUUAAGAUAUUUAUUUCAAAAGUCGUUAAGAAAUAUCGUCCUUGUAUUUCCCCCGGCUGCACAUUGAGAGUGCUCACUAUAAUGACAACUGGAAGGUGCUAGAUCCCCCACUUCCUCAAACCUUAUUCUGUCAUGCUUUAUUUCUUAUGUUGUCCUUGUGCAAGUUUUGUGGGUUAUUCGUCCAUUCAUUAUGCAUGUUUUAAGGGGAAAUUUGUAAAGAUAUUGCCUAUAUAUAUAUAUAUAUGUAAAUAUCCAUCACCUUUAAAUGUGUACAGUAUUAUUCAUUUUGUGUACUUACAUGUUAUGUCACCACUUAGUAUAUCACACAUUUCUUCGAUCCCACGCGAUCAUUUAUCCUGCUUUUUUUUUUUUUUUGCACUCUUAACAUAUUUUCAUCAUAUUUUCUAUUUCUGGAUUCCCUUGUGGUUAUAAUUGCUGUCAAGCCUCUUUUUUACAUUCUCUGUUGUGUAAGGAGAUAGUGCCUACCACUCUUGGGUGACACUCAAACCAACACACAAAAUCCUAUAUACAGUUUUUUACUGCUUGGUGUGGAGAUGGUAGAACAGUAGAACAUCCAAGAUCCAUGAGGAAAAUUUUCAUUGACCCUUUUAUUAUGAAUGUAAAAUAAGUUCUUCAAUCUUAGUGGAUUAAUAUAGUAUAUUGAGUAGUUUAUUGUGAAUUUAUGAACUGUAUUUCAAGAUAAUGCAUGUUGCUUGAGCAGUGAAUGGAUAAAUAAACAUUCCUAGAUUGAGCAGUAUGCACUGUUUUGUGUCAGUAUUUAAGUAAUGUACAGUAGUUCAUUUCUGUCAUUUUUAUCCAUUCAUUUAUGUCUUUUUAAGGUACCUGUAUAAGUGUUGAGUCUUAGUUGAGCUGUUGCAUGGAUUUGUGUUUUAUAUAUUUAAAAUUAUUUUCCAGCAUUUCCCUCAAAUGAUUCAGGGAUGUAAAGGGUUCAGAGCAGUAGGGUUAUAUUCCUUAUGGUUUAUUUAAUUAUUUAUUGAUGGUCUCAUAAUAAUUGUUUUAAAUUUAUAGGUGGUAACAAGUAUUUUUGUGUGAUUUGGAAACUUUUAUCUUAAGUGUAGGUGUACAUGCUUGUGUGUAUGUAUUUAUUGUUUUGUGUGUUUUCUUUGUGCAUGGUUAUUUGUUUUAUAUUUGUACACUUUUGUGCAUGUAUAUUGUUACCUGUUCUGUUUGUGCAGGUAACCACGUGGCCUUAGCAAGGCUGGAGAAACUUGGCAUUCUGGUCUGUGCUGAUGAGUUCUUUUACCUGGGUGACAUUAGUGCUGGAAGGGGUGCUGAAGCCUGCUUAGUUGCAAGAGCUAGAAAUGACUGGAUGAAGUUUAGGGAGUUGAUGCCUUUAUUGAGGGCAUGAUUGAUUGGUUGAUUGUGGUAAUAUUGAUAGCAGAGGAUCUUCCCUCCACAAAAAAGGAAAGAUGUAUUCAACUGGCAUUAGAAGGGUGUUUUUGUAUGGCAGUGAAAUAUAGGCAGUUAAAGAGGAUGACAAAUGCAGACUUGAGUGAGCUAAUAUGAGAAUGGUGAAGUGAAUGUGUCACUGAAAGACAAGAAACUCUCUUCAGAGCUAAGAGGGCAGCUGGGUAUUGUGAGUACAGUGGUCGCUCAAUUAACGAACGGUUCAAUUAACGAAAUUUCGUUGAACGAAUUAGCUCCCAUAAGGAUUUUUAGUUUCAUUAACGAACAAAACUUUGAUUAACGACAGCCUUACGAGAA